CCUCCAAACCAAUGAAAAACAAAAAUUGCAACCUAAACUCCUACAAUUCAAUUUGGCAGAGCUGCUCAACUCAUUGGAGACAAUGGCAAAAGCUAUCAUGGGAUUCACCAUUACCACUCCACACAUUCACAGCUCUUCUCUCCAAACAACAAGGUUGGACAUCAGCAGCUCAUCUACGAGAUUGCUUGGGCAGUCUUCAAGCUCUGAACUAUUCAGCGGCUGCAAGCAGAUUGAAUUAGGGAAAAAGAGCAAAAGAGCCUCUUUCUGCAGAACAAAUGCUUUCCCAGAUUGGCCUUUGAUGGCAGUUUUAAUUGAGCACAUAGAAGGCCAGAGAGACCUCAUAACCCACAAAUCCAUUGUGCAUCUCGGUGAUGAAAACAUAAAGAAUGUCUAUACUUUUUACAUCAUGUUCACUUGUUGGGGAUGCUUGUUCUUUGGUUCCAUGAAGGAUCCGUACUACGAUUCAGAGACGUAUAGAGGAGAUGGAGGUGAUGGCACUGGGUUCUGGAUUUAUGAGAAGCAAGAAGACAUAGAAGAAUCAGCAAGAGCAGAAUUGUGGAGGGAGGAGCUGAUUGAGGAGAUAGAACAGAAGGUUGGAAGUCUUAGAGAGUUGGAAGAGGCUGGAAAGAAGGAGGAGCUUGUCAAGUGAAUCAUCAUGCAUUGUUUAAUAUUCUUCCACGGUUUCACUUACACCCCUUCAAACAUCCAGACGUUAUUGUAUAUAUACAAGCUUUGAAUGUUUUAUCUAAGAGAUAAUAAAGCAUAAUAUAAUUCAACUAAAACCAUGUUGAAGAUAGUUAAGUUCUCAUGUAAAGAAACACCAACUUUUGGAGAGUAUGAUGAAGUUGUUACAAUUUCA